GCUACUCACAAGAGCUUAGCUAGCUAGCUAGCUGCUCCCACUGGCUGCUCCUUUGACAAAAACAGUAGGUUGCUAGGCAACAGAAAAACAACCGGGCAUGGAUGGCGGACAGCACGCAAAGUGCAGAGGCCAUAGUGUCAGAUGUCCACAAGAAGAUCAGAGCUGCUUUUGAAGCGUUUGACUAUGAGUCUAACCACACAGUGGAUGUCAGGGAGAUCGGCACCAUCAUCUAUUCCCUGGGUUGCUUCCCCACUCAGGCAAACCUUCAUGACUUAAUAGCUGAGGUUGAAGAGGACCACACAGGAUAUAUUCAUUUGGACAAGUUCCUCCCAGCCAUGACCAAAGUGCUGCUGGAUCUCAAGUUCCCUUCUAUCCCUGAGGACCUUCUGCUUCAGGCCUUUGAGGUUUUGGACAAAGAAAAGAAAGGGUACCUGGAGCCUGAGGAGCUAACAAAGUACAUGACACAGGAAGGUGAGGUCUUCACUCAGGAGGAGAUGGAUGAGAUGCUGACAGCACUCGCUGACCCUGAGAAGAACCUCGUCUAUUACAAAGACUUAAUCAGCCAGCUGACCAUUGACCCUGACAUGUAAACAGUGUCACAGUGUGUGUGUUUGGUGUUUGUGUCCAUGUCUGCAUGUCUUAAUGUGGUAGUUCCAAUAUGGUAUAAUAAACAAAUGUACAUAUCUCCUCCUGACUUUAUGUUUCGAGAAUUGUCAUUCAAUUCAGAUGAAAUGUGAUUUGCUCAAAUUGGCAGAUUUUGGAUAUGUAUCCCAAUUUUGGCAUAACAUGUCUACUGUGUGUUUUAUGCUCCCAUCCAUUUACAUAUUGUACAACCUCACUUUCAUUAUGUCCAAGUCUUUCACAAUCACAUUAAAAGUACAUGUACAGUAUAACUCAAUUGGAAUAAUACAGGUUUUAGCACUUUGUACAUGUAACAUAAGUCAGAAAUCAGUAUCAACACACAACACUGAUUUACUCAGAUUUGUUAUAUAGCUAAUGCAAAAUUGCUUGUAUUUGUAUUGUUUGUUAUUUAAGAAAGAGUUUGCUGCUUGUCCCAAACCCAGGACCUGGGUUUAAAGUAGAGGCUGAGGCAUAGUACUGGGUCUUAAAAAAUAAAAUUAAAAUAAACUGCAGUGUA